AUGACAGCAUCGUCAAAUGUAUUCUGCGAGAAAGCUUCAAUUUUUACUUCUGUUUCAAUCACUCUCAUUGGCUUGGGACUAAGUAUGACUGCGAUAUUCUUACCAUCUUGGCAGGUUGUGAAUUUGAGAGAAUAUAAUUCUAUUCAUGAGCAUGGGUUAUGGCGCGAUUGUACAAGGCAUAGUAGAGAUGGUAAUUCCAACGUACUUCUAAGAAGAUAUAUGACAAAUACAGAACCGCUGAAUUGCGUUUAUAAAUUUGACUAUGAUAAGUACUUGGGUACUUUUGAUUUGGAGGACGACAAUAGUCCCAUUGGAGAAGUAAAUAGGCAUAAAUUUUAUGGUUGGCACAUAGCAACACUCAUUUUACUGGGAUUAGCAUUAUUAACUUCAUUUCUCUCCAUUUGUCUUGGCUUUUGUGCUUGUCGCUAUGGUUCCCUGGCAUUGAUUUUCACAGUUGUUAAUUUACUUACAACAUUUUUAUCUGUUGUAGCUGAAGGAUUAUUUUUUCUGUAUUCACAUCACACUUCUAAUCGAUUCGUUAAAGGAAUAGUUGGUACUUACGAGCAACGAGUUGGCUUAGCAUUUUUUCUUCAAAUGAUUGCAUGCGCGUGUCAUUUUAUUGCAUUUCUGAUUUCUCUAUUAUUCGUUUUUGUUACUUUGACGGGCAAAAGUGAUGCAAGCGAGCGAUACAGUUUCAAUCAAAAUUCCAAGUUAAAUCCAGCAAGUAUAGGAAGGUAA